AGGGCGCCCAAUCUGCGCGUCCCGAUGCGGAGUUUGGAAGUGCGGAGACGGUGCGGGCAGGAGCCAGGAAAGGGAUGCCACUAAGUUAUAUCGAGGUUGCUUUCCUGGCGAGGGCGAAGCGUUUACGACCUGAUUAAAUUUUUCUCUGUCGGAGUUCGUUCUUCCAGCGCUGCUCAGGGAUAUGGAUCUGCUUUCCGUCAGACUCACCUUCUUCUGUCUCAUCUUAUGUAAGUCGAGGUUCGCCUUGAGCUAUAUGCCUCCUCGGAUAGACUCCAGGCUCGCCAUGACUAUGUGCUGGAUAAACGGCAGUGAAAGCGGAUGGAUAUCAGCAAUUUGUAAGGAGAGGAGCCACGGACUUGCAGAAGACGAGCUCUUCAAAAAGCUCUUCAUUGGCUACAACAAGUGGUCAAGACCGGUCUCUAACAUCUCAGACGUGGUGAUUGUUAAGUUUGGCCUUUCCAUAGCUCAGCUAAUUGACGUGGAUGAGAAGAAUCAGAUGAUGACGACCAAUGUGUGGCUGAAACAGGAGUGGAACGAUUACAAACUGCGCUGGAAGCCCGCGGACUACGAGAACAUCACCUCCAUAAGAGUUCCCUCAGAACUCAUCUGGGUGCCUGACAUUGUCCUCUAUAACAAUGCAGAUGGAGAGUUCGCUGUGACCCACAUGACCAAAGCUCAUCUCUUCUACACGGGAAUGGUGCGUUGGGUACCGCCAGCCAUCUACAAGAGCUCCUGCAGCAUCGACGUCACCUUCUUCCCCUUCGACCAGCAGAACUGUAAAAUGAAGUUCGGAUCUUGGACGUAUGACAGGGCCAAGAUCGACCUUGAGUGCAUCGAGAAGACAGUGGACCUGAAGGACUACUGGGAGAGCGGGGAGUGGGCCAUAGUGGACGCUGUGGGCACCUACAACACCAAGAAGUACGACUGCUGCCAUGAGAUCUACCCGGACAUCACCUAUUACUUCAUCAUCAGAAGGUUGCCUCUCUUCUACACCAUCAACCUCAUCAUUCCCUGUCUGCUCAUCUCCUGUCUGACCGUGUUGGUCUUCUACCUGCCUUCAGACUGUGCUGAGAAGAUCACCUUGUGCAUCUCGGUCCUCCUCUCCCUCACCGUCUUCCUCCUACUCAUCACUGAGAUCAUCCCUUCCACGUCACUGGUCAUCCCCCUCAUCGGCGAGUACCUGCUGUUCACCAUGAUCUUCGUCACACUCUCCAUCGCCAUCACGGUCUUCGUGCUCAACGUGCACCACCGCUCUCCACGAACCCACACGAUGUCACGCUGGGUCCGUUCCGUUUUCUUGGGCUCCAUCCCACGCUGGCUCUUCAUGAGGCGUCCAGCCGCGGCCGAAAGGCGCCGCCGGUGUCUCUUGCACCAGCCGCCCCGUAGCCGCAGCCAGGUGGCGCUGCUCACUCCCUCCCGGAGCUGGCUACAGGAGACCGAUGUAGAUGUCUGGGAUCCACCGAAUCCAUUUCCCCCACGAUGCCUGGAGUCUUGUUCUUCAUCUCCACAUCCCUGCUCACACCACCAGCCAGACUGUGGAGUCCCUCAGUCCCUGGGUCUCCGGACAGACGCCCCGCAGCCCCAAAGCACCGGCACGGAGCCUCACCUCGCCCCCCCUUUCUCACCCAGUGUCAUGCGUGCACUGGAGGGAGUCCAGUACAUCGCAGACCACCUGAGAGCAGAAGAGGCUGACUUCUCUGUGAAGGAAGACUGGAAAUAUGUCGCCAUGGUGAUCGACCGCAUCUUCCUGUGGAUGUUCAUCCUUGUGUGCCUGCUGGGUACCAUUGGGCUCUUUCUACCACCCUGGCUGGCUGGCAUGGUCUAGGAAUGCAAACUGCAAGCAUCACAGGCACUGAGGGCAGGGCAACAGUGCUGUUCCACCACUGAGCACAGCUCCCCCUUGAGAGAACUGCUGGUCAUUACAGGGCAUAGAAAACUUAAAACAUAAAAGCCCAUUUAAAUUUUUUUUAGUAGAAACUCCCAGUCCAAUUUAAAUAUUAGAGCUGGCAUAGAAUCCAAAAAUCAUUCUGUGGUACAGGAUGUUUCUCUUUUAAUUUACAGUCCUGUCACAAAUAUAUUUUUAGUAAACAUUACAUACUUUAGGUUGGGUCGCUGCUGUAUUUUGCACUUAUACAUUUAUUUUUUAAAAAUAAUAAUUAUAAUUAUUCACAUGUAAGCAUUGUAUUUUAAAGUUGUCGACAGAGUUGUAAAUUAUCUUGUAGUUUUGUGUGUUUCUAUAAGUGCUUACAUAACAAAAUAAAUGAAUAAUGACUAAGAAGGUUAAUACAUCCAUAUUCCAGAAAUACAUUAUCCACUACGGGUGCAUGGAGAGGUGGGAGUUUGUGUCAGGUAAGGGUACACCCUAACGGGGAUACCAGGUGCUUGUAUCAUGGAGCAAGAUUUGUUGGUUAGCUAGUUAACUUGUUGGAUUUAAGGUACACCAAUUUACAUUUAGCCCAGACUACCUGAAAUCCGACGUUAUCGUGCAAACCCAAAAAUCCAGCUUCGCGAUACGGGCCCCAGUCCAUCACCAGACAUAAACACGCACACAGAAUUAUCCGCUACGGUCAAUUUAGAGACACCGGUUAGCCUCACUGCACGUCUUCAGACUACAGGAAGAAAGUCACCCAGCAAGGCGAGAACGUGCAAACUUCACACAGCAAGCAGAGAAGGGACUUGAAAACUUGAAAUGGAACAGGGCCAACUACUGUGCUAUGCCUGAGAGGGAAGAUGCAAACGGCAAACACACAGGGCUCUUAAAUUUAAUACAGCUGAGUGGUAAGAUAUGAUGAGAUGAAGCAAAUGAAAACACACUGAUGUUGAUAAAGAUUUAAUCUCCGAAUAUCUCCCCAUCUAAUUCUGUAAUGCAAACAUGCCAGUCAGUCACAAGAAAUGUCAGGUGAGACAGAAAAUCUACUUCAGACACUGACGAUGGUUCAUGUGUGAAUUUCAUAAAUAUUCCCAUGUGAAGCCAAUUCUCGUGUCAGGAGGAAUAUUCUCUUGCUUAUUAACUUUUAAUUAUAACAUGAACAUCUGUCUAGAGAGCAAAUA